UCUCACUCGCACUCAUAGUUUGUUCAUUUCAUUCGUUCGCCGCACUGACACAUAUACUUGACAGCAAAUGAUCUCGGAACUCGGAACUCGGAACAGGCAUCGAACAAAUAUUUUUCUUAGCAAAUGGCGGUUUGUUAAAUAAGUGAUGCAUGUGUCGUUUUUUCCAAAUAAAAUUAGUUUUAUCUAAAAAUAACUAACGAUACAUCGUUUGGAAUUUGUCAGUAAUUCUAUUAUUUAAACGGCUCUAAUCAUCUCUAUAUUUUAUUCGGUUACAGUUAAAUUAACCUAUACAAUCAACUUCUCAGCAUUUAGCGUUCCGACUCCAGUGUUUCUGCUGAUUCUAGAAUAUAUCAUAUAAAGGUAUUUCGGUGUAAUCAAGUUUAACCCUCAUGAGCAAUUGCUAGUUUGUUAGCAAUAUGUAUAAUAACGCUCAUUAUGCGAAUCCAGGCUAUCAGUCAGGAUAUGCCCAAUAUCCUCAAGCCUACGCAGCCACAUACGGAGCUUAUCAAGGAUAUGCAGGUUACUCCAGCCAGAACGCCCAGCCAGUCGUGCCUGGUCAAGAAAUGUUCACAGCAAAUAAUUGGAGUGGAAAUUAUAAUCAGGCGGAUCCGAAGGAUGCAGUGGCCCAAGAGAUGCAACAGCAGAAAGCCCAGCUCGUGCGGCAGCGGGAAGAUUACGUGAAGAAAGCAUCCGUGUUGAGGCACGAAUUAGAACAGUUGCAGAUGCAAAAACAGGACCUGGUAGGCAGUAAUCGUUCAACGCCGGACACGGACCUGGCGAACAUUUUGAAACAAAACGACAAACUGCAGGAGGAAAUCCAAGGGAAAUUGAAAGCCAUACACAAUGUGAUUGAGAUGCUGUCCAGUAUUAUAAAAGAUAACAAAUCGAUUUCUGAUCUCGAAAGCGAAUUGGCCGAUUACGGAAAACCGAAGAUCGCCACGCCGCCGACGUCGACCGAUAACCCUUACAAAGUUUCCUCCGUCGAAUCGAACAAGCCCUUGGAGAACUUUUGCUACGUGCAUUACGACACCGGCUUGCAUUGGUGCAGAUUGUGCGACGAAUUUCCCGAGACCGCCAAAGAUUUCCUUCUGCAUCUGCAAGACAAGAAACACCGCGAGAUGGCCAAAGAGAACGACGUCGAUAGCACUCCGUGGCACAAAUUGCCCCAAGAAGUUUUGAUGCCUUGUGAAGAGAACGCUCCCAAGAAACGUAUACCCAUCAAAGGUCUGCAGUUCUUCAUAUCUGCUCCGUCUUGGUACUGCAAAUUAUGCGACGUUUGGAUAGGCGACCUGCAUUGCGCGUCACAGCAUUUAAAAUCUAAAUCGCAUCAUCAAAACUACGAGAAUUUCGUGUCGCAAAAUCCGCAUUGGGAAAUGGAGUGGUUGAAGGAUCGCGAGAAAUCGAUGGCGAGAAAGGGCGUCCAGGACUCGUCCGAUUCGGACAGCGGCAAGAAGAGGCGCAAGCGCAAAGACAAGCACUCGUCGGCGGAUUUGUUCUCCCUGAAGGACAAAAAGAAGAAGAAGAAGUCGCGCAAGAAGAGGAAACACUCGUCGGAUAGCAGCAGCAGUUCUUCAUCGUCGGAUAGCAGCUCGGACGACGAGAACGAGGACAGAUCGAGGAGCAUACGGGUGGCGAUGCGCAACAUGAAGCAAGUCCAAUCUAUCAUGGACGAGGACCUUACGGCUAAAUGGAACGUGCUGGAGAAAUUGGUCGAAGAGCACAAGAAGAUGGAGCAGAGGGAAAAGGAUAUGCCGGUCGAAAAGGAGACUAGGGAUGAUCAUCUUAUUAACCAGUGGAUGACAGUAUCACAGCCACCGCCUAAGGAGAAAGUGAUGCUCGAUUCUCUGAAAGAUCGAAUGAGACAAAAGCAAGAGCAGGAACGCGUCCGUUUGGCGGAACUGGACAAGCACAAGCGCGAAAAGGAACGCGAAGAAAUCGAACGCGCGGAAAGAAAGAAGCGCGAGGAGAAGCAAAUGGCCGAAGAGGAGGAACGCAGGCGAAAGAUAAAGGAGCAAGAAGAACUGGAACGAAUUCGAGACAAAGAGCGUAAUCAAGUUAGAUUCAAGACGAAUUCCUACAGGAAAAAGAGGUCCUAUUCGCGAAGCGAUGAGGAGGAUGGUAAAAACGAUGAACGAUAUUACAAGCGUGAUAAUAGGAAUUUCAAUCACCGUCACUCUAGAAGCCGAAGUCGCAGUGCAAGCAGAAGGAAUUCGGAUAAAAGGCACGACAAACACGAUGAAAACGAUAAAAAGAAACCUCCGGGUCCUCCGAGUUAUAAGAAAUUGCCGUUUAUCGGUAGAAUGCCGCUCUUCAAAAACAAACCGAAAACUCAGGACGACAGAGACGAACCGAAAGAGAUCAAAAAGCAAAGCUACGAAACGCCGAGAAGGACCAGAUUCGAGCCCGGCAACUUGCCGAAAGCUUUCAUUCCCAAACCGGACGUCGUCUGUUUCCCCAAGCUGUCGUCGAUCCCGCCUUUGACCAUUCCACCGCCGCCGCCGGUCGUGAUCGAUCGAGUACCGGUGCCCGAAGCGCCCAAAAUCAGUCGAAAUGACCCUGACAAGAAUUUACCGAAGGCUCCGCCGCCGCCGAAAUUACGCGAAACGGAAAGCAAGCCGGUGGCUAAUUUAAGCGACGAUGAGGUUCUGUAUGGUUCAGAGGACAUCAAUCCCAAUACAAUGGAUCAAUAUUAUCAAAACUACGAGGGUUACGGUCAAAAUAGCUAUCAUUACGAGCAAGAAGAGAAGAUGAUCAGCCCGCCGCCUCCGCCGCCGCAUUCUCAUUCAAUGCCGCUGGAGCCGCCGCCGCUGCCGCCCGAUGACGAUCUGGCUCUUUUGGGCAUAUGCGCGGACGAUAUGGCCGCGCAGUCGUUCUGAUUUUUUUAUGCACUAAUUUUUGUAUUUUUAAUGAAACGAAAUUGAGAUAUUUGUUCGCAAUAGUUUUAAAUAAAAGUUCUGUAAUUUGUACGAAU